UUCACAGGGGGGUUUUGUUCCGCUCCGCCUCACCGACGUGUUUUCUGGUCGCCUCAUCCCGACUGACGUCCUCUUCUUCCCCCGAGCCUGCGGGUCGUGUCAGCGGCGGCAGCAGCAGCAGUCCGCUAGGCCUGAAUCCAGCUCCGCAAACACUUAUGGACUUUGAGAAACGAGCGUAGCGGCCUCCAGAAGCGCGUGUGAAUGGAGCAGUGUGCGAGUACGGCCUCCCUGCUGGCCUCAGUGCGGGAGCAGGAGAGGCAGUUUGAGAUGCUGAGCCGAGCUCUGGAGGAUGAGCGGAGGUCGUGCGCCGGCACCUUGCCACGCCCCCUCCCCAACAUGCAGAACGGCCGCGUACCUUGUAAUGCAGACAUAGAGAGGCUGACACUGAACGAGGGUUACAUCAACGGCACACAUCACUUCAGGAUGGAGCCUGGUCAGGUGAUGCAGGAGACAUACACAGUGGAGGAACCCCAGGAGCCUCAGCCCGUCGUCUCUGUUACCAGUGAAGAUGGCACCACUCGGCGCACAGAAACCACGGUAAAGAAAGUAGUAAAGACCACUACCACUCGCACAGUUAUCCCCUCUGUGUCAGACACACUUUCCCUGGAUGGUGGGGGAUCAGUGACUGGCAUGGCGGGUUACACCACUCCCAUGGACCGGGUCUACAGGCCGCCACCUAGUGGAGGAAUGCCAAUGGAUGCCUAUCCCACUCACACCGUGCCCCGAAACUACCACUAUGGACCCCCAGGGGGUUAUGAUGAAUACCGCACUGGGCCUCCGUCUGAGACCUACGCAAGCCUUAGCAGGGGAGCUCACAUGGACGAUCGCUACAGACAGGUUCAUCCAGACGGUUACAGAACGCUGGAUCCAAGCUACAGAGCCGCCAGCAGGAACCAGCUGGACCCCUAUGCUGCUCAGCCACAGGUUGGGCGUAUGGGCAGUGCUAUGGAGCUUUCCUCCCUCCCGAGGUUUGUUCCAGAGCCUUAUGGUCUGGAGGAUGAUCAGCGCAGCAUGGGUUAUGAUGAGCCUGACUAUGGGAUGGGACACCCAAUGCACUACAGCACAGUGCCCCGUAACCAGCACGUAUUCCCCCAGGGUCCCCCACGCCGGGCUGGGAGUUACGAGGGCACCUUAGAUGGUGACAUGAGUGGUCCAGGGGACAUGUAUUACUGGGGGGGAGGAGCACCUCUGGCCCAGGGUGAAAGAGGAAGCAUGGCGUCGUUGGACAGCACACUGAGGAAAGGUCCCGGCCCCAGUGGCUGGCGUCAGCCAGAGCUGCCAGAGGUCAUCGCCAUGCUCAACUACAGGCUAGACCCUGUCAAGAGCAAUGCAGCCGCAUACCUGCAGCAUCUCACCUAUAAGAAUGAUAAAGUGAAAACUGAUGUGCGUCGUAUGAAAGGCAUCCCAGCACUGGUUUCCAUGCUUGACAACCCAAACAAAGACGUUCACUACGCAGCCAGUGGAGCAUUAAAGAACAUCUCUUAUGGCAAAGAUCAAGAAAAUAAGAUCGCCAUGAAGAACUGUGACGGAGUUCCUGCGCUGACCAGGCUGCUGAGGAAGACCCAUGACCAGGACCUCACUGACACAAUCACAGGAACGCUGUGGAACCUGUCGUCUCAUGACUCUGUGAAAAUGGAAAUUGUAGACCAUGCACUGCACGCCCUCUCCGACGAGGUGAUGGUGCCCCACUCGGGCUGGGAGAAAGGGAGCAACGGAGCAGGAGGCGGCGAGGAGAACUGCAAGCCCCGACACCUCGAGUGGGAGACAGCCCUCACCAACACAGCCGGCUGCCUGAGAAACGUGAGUUCGGAGCGAAGUGAGGCGAGGAGGAAGCUGAGGGAAUGCACAGGAUUGGUCGAUUCGCUUAUGUACAUCGUCCAAUCCCAGAUCGAUUGUAAAGAUGUUGACAAUAAGUUGAUAGAGAACAGCAUGUGUCUGCUGAGGAACUUGUCCUAUCAGGUUCACCGUGAAAUCCCUGGCUGUGAGCGCUACCAGGAGGCCGCGCCCAUCAACCAGGGCCCUGCCCCCUCCGGCCAGAAGGGCGGCUGCUUCAGCUCACGCAAGGGCAAAGAUGAGUGGUUUUCCAAAGGUAGGAAAGAUGAGGAUGCAGCUGCAGAUGUGAUAGACAUUCCAAAGAGGACCGCACCAGCUAAAGGCUACGAGCUGUUAUACCAGCCAGAGGUGGUACGCAUCUAUACCUCUCUGCUAAAGGAGUCUAAGAACCCCACUGUGUUGGAAGCAUCGGCUGGAGCUAUUCAGAACCUGUGUGCCGGCCGCUGGACUUAUGGGCGAUACAUCCGUGCCUUGCUGCGCCAGGAGAAGGGUCUACCCAUGAUGACUGAGCUGCUGGCACACGGGAACGACCGCGUAGUCCGAGCCAUGUCCGGAGCCCUCCGGAACAUGGCUAUUGAUGCACGUAAUAGAGAUCUACUAGGAAAACAUGCAGUGCCUCACCUUGUUGCCAACCUGCCCGGUGGGGGUCAGAGUCAGCCGGUGCGAGCGCUGUCAGAAGAGACGGUGGUGUCGGUACUGAGCACACUUCAUGAGGUGCUGGGCUCCAGUCUGGAAGCAGCCAAGAUCCUCAGGGCCUCACAGGGCAUAGAGAGACUGGUUCUCAUUAACAAGGACGGCAACCGUUCAGAGCGGGAGGUGCGUGGCGCCGGCCUGGUGCUGCAGACAGUGUGGGGCUACAAGGAGCUGCGGCGUACUUUGGAGAAGGACGGCUGGAAGAAGACGGACUUCAUGGUCAACCUGAACCCUCCCAGCAACAACAGCAGGGCCAAUGGAGGAUAUGAGGACGGUACACUGCCACUCAUAGACAAAGGCGGCAAAGGGGACCGGGAUAUGAUUCCAAUGAAUGACUUGGGACCAGAUGCCUACUCCACACUGGACCAGAGAGGGAGAAGGAACACUCUAGAUAAUACACUCGAUCCUGCUGACAAAGAUGCAGUACAGGGAGGGAUGUAUGGGGAGAAGCAGGCCUCUUUGCCUCUAAUGGAUUCUUACGAUGAAAAACUGAUUGUGUGCAUCACAAGACGACAGCCUCCUCCCACCUACUGCCCUUGCUGAACUGACAAUGGGGAUCACCACGCUGCCGACGGGAUUAACACUCAACUCUUCUGUCCCUCCUCACUCUUUUUGCAGCCCAUCUCUCUCUCUCCCUCUCUCCCUCUCUUCCUCUCUUCCUCUCUUCCUCUUUGUUACAUUCCACCCCUGUAACUGACACACUAAUGAAACCACAUGGAAAACUGAGGGGGAGAUACACUCCCUGUGGACUAGCGGAUGUGACACUAUGACCACUUUAAGCUCUGCGCGACCCUAAACUCUCAAAAAAAGAAAAGAUGCCUACCACUCGAUCAGAUACUGUGUCAAAAACACUACAUCAAUCACAACAACACUACGACUUGGACAACACUAACGCUCAUCGGGCGUCAUCUUAGGACUUUUGGAUCUCCUGGAGGUCGGAGCUUAGAUUUAUUAAACGCAUUAAAAUGAACCGGUGAUCAGAACAGGACACUUUUUGGUGAAACAUAAAUGGCUAUUACACUCUGUUUUGAUCAAACUGAGGGAAUGUUUCUUUUUUUCUGAUUGUUAAAUAUGACUAAAAAAACUUCCUACCACUGAGAACCAAUGUUUAUCAAGUAAUCAGAUAUGUGUAAACCUUCUGCUUCUGUUUUGGUAGUGGUUGCUAAUCUUUUUGCUUUGCUCUGUACCACAGUAAUGUACAUGUGCCAAAUGACACUGCUACUGCUGCGACUGCCAAUAUUUAAUGCAAGAACUUCACACACACACACACUCUUUUUAACAGCAGCUACAUUGAAAUGUCAGCUGUUUUGUUUUGUACGCAGUGUUCGUCAGUGACCGACCAUCCCCUAGGUGCAUGCGAAUGCUGCAUAGUUCUGUAUUUGAUUGUGAUCUGUAGAUAUAAAGGGGACAGAAAAUGGAGCGGAGGAAUAGACAAUAUGUCUGUACUAUGUUUCUAUCUUUGUGUAACAUGUAUGCCUCUUUGUAAUUCUCUGGGCGAUAUCACGGGAUUCAUGGGGUCCAUCUCAUUGUCCAUAAUCUUUAUGAAUGUGUACAUACAAGAUGGUCUCGAACAGUGGGCUAACUGGAGUGCCUCGCUCAUUCAGGAUAUGUCUGAUGGGUGUGCUCAACAUGACAUUGGUGACCAAUCAAAGAGUAUUUUUCUCAGCAGGUUACUAAUUGGAAUAAUACUGUAUAUGGAACUCAGCAGUUUUCUAUUCUGCAAGAUGAUGGAAGAUGUGAACUUGUAUGUAUGUAAGAGUUGAUUCUUUUUUCUUUUUUUUAACGAGGUAUAAAACUCUUGAGUUCUGUAUCAUCGACUGCUUCACAACUUCUCGGCUUCAGACCAGUACAUGGGAGAUGACAGCACUGUCUGCUUUUGUUCCAGUGCUCGUUCUGUAGACAAAUGCAUAUUCCUAGUGCAGAGUGAGAUGUAGAUACUGAGUGGUAGAUUUAAAGAGGCACUGGGGUGGCUUAUGUGUGCCCCCCCCUUAUGUUUUAUUUGAACAUUUUCUAAGUUGUCCAUGUCAACUGAAACACUACAGAGGAACCCUUAUUUUCUCAAAGUAACACGUUGCCUUUGAGAGCGGGCCGACUAAAAGACAAGAGGAGCGUGAGGGUUUGUGGUAGAAAAUCUGUGUAAGGAGGCAUAGACCAGAAUUUGCUUUCCGAUAAAAUGGAGAAAAAAAUAAAAGCACAUUAAAACUAUAUAUACAAGAGAAUAUUUGUUAAUUUUAAUGAUUUGCUAUACUUUUUUUUUGAUAUUUUGAUAUGGGUUUAAUUGUUUUGGGUGCUCUGGGUGAACGCAUAUGGAAUCAGUUUUUAUGUUUAGAUUGAAAACUUUGAGUUAAUGUCUUAAAUGCAGAAUACGUUAGCUAAACAAAAUCCUCCCAACAGUCAUCACAUACUGGAACACUAAUGGAUAAACACAAAAUAUGAUUCUGGACUACACCUUAAUCUCUUUGCCUUGGCUCUUAAAAGUUGCACAUUCUCAUUUAUGAAUGAAUUAUGUAACUAGCAAUACUGUUUUUAAUAAAAAAGUAAAUGAUU